GGCCGGGGUGCCGCCGCCGCUGCCGCAACUCACGGGCUGCGUCUGUUGCAGGUACAGCUGCGGGCCCACCGUGUACGACCACGCGCACCUGGGCCAUGCCUGUUCCUAUGUUAGAUUUGAUAUUAUUCGAAGAAUUCUAACUAAAUUUUUUGGAAAUGAAGUCAUCAUGGUGAUGGGGAUAACGGACAUAGAUGACAAAAUAAUUAAAAGAGCCAAUGAGAUGAAUAUAUCACCGCCAGCUCUUGCUCGUAUUUAUGAAGAAGGCUUUAAACAAGAUAUGGCUUCGUUAAAGGUUCUUCCACCUACAAUAUAUAUGAGAGUGACUGAAAACAUUCCUCAGAUAAUUUCUUUUAUAAAACAAAUAAUUGCUAAUGGACAUGCCUAUGCAACCGCCAAAGGCAAUGUUUAUUUUGAUGUCAGAUCUUGGGGAAACAAAUAUGGAAAGCUGACUAGUAUUUAUCCUGAUGCACAAGAAGAAACAGCUGAUACUGAUAAGCAACAUGUCCAAGAUUUUGCCCUGUGGAAGGCAGCCAAACCUCAAGAAAUUUUUUGGGCUUCUCCCUGGGGGAAAGGAAGACCUGGCUGGCAUAUUGAAUGCUCAACCAUAUCAAGUACAGUGUUUGGAAACCAACUGGACAUCCAUACUGGUGGCAUAGAUCUUGCUUUUCCUCAUCAUGAAAAUGAAAUUGCACAAUGUGAGGCUUAUCAUCAAUGUGAACAAUGGUGCAAUUAUUUUCUACACUCUGGGCACUUGCACGUUAAAGGAAAUCGAGAAAAAAUGUCAAAAUCAUUAAAAAACUACGUUACAAUUAAGGCUUUCUACAACUUAAAUUUAAAACUCAUGUGGAACUUUACUUGUAUGCCUCCUGAAAAAUUCAAGGAUUUUCUGAAGAAGUUUUCCUCGGAUGAGUUCAGAAUGUUUUGUUUGCGCAGCAAUUACAGAUCAGCAACUGAAUUUAGUGAUGAGAGCAUGGAUGAUGCAAAGAACCUCCUUUGGGCAAUUUCUUCUUUUAUUAAUGAUGCAAAUACUUAUAUAAAAGGACAGCUGGUGUGUGAGCCCAUUAGAGAAGAUGUAUUGUGGGAGAGGCUAGCCAACACAAAAGUGAAUGUGAAGGCUGCAUUUGCAGAUGACUUCGACACCUCCAGGGCUGUUUCUGCAAUUAUGGACCUCAUUCACCAUGGCAACAGACAGCUUAAGGCUGUUACUAAGGAAGUUGAAUCCCCUAGAAGCCCGAUUGUGUAUGCAGCCAUAAUCUCCUAUAUUGAAAACCUUUUUAACACAUUUGGAAUAUCUCUUGGAGAAAGACAGGUUAUUUCGGAAGAAAGAAGUCCAGUCAUGCUCUCUGGUGUGAUUGAUGAGCUAGUAAAUUUCCGUAUCAAGGUGCGCAAUUAUGCUCGUGUGGUGCCUGAAGCAACAGAGGUAGAAAGUACUGUGCAAUCCCAGGAAGCCAAACUGGAAGAGAGAGAAAAGAGACGGCUGUUAUUACUGGAGAGGGAGCCCCUUCUGGAGGCUUGUGACAACCUGCGUCGGGACCUUGCUGCAUUUGGAAUCAACAUAAAGGACAGGGGGGCUACUUCUACGUGGGAAGCUGUGGAUCAAAGAAGAGAACAGCAAAGAACUGAAAGAGAGAGAUGAUUUAGCACAGGACGUGCUUGGACUGAUCGUAUGACAUUGGUCACUUCAGGAACGGAUGUAGAUAUUAACUAUUUCCAAAUAAAAACUUCAGAAAGGAACUGCAAACUACAA